AUAUUAAGGUUGAAACACUGUAGUCACAUGAACUGUUUUAAAUAUGUUUUUAGCUUUCUGGGCAUUGAGAAAGGGAGUGUCAUUGCUGGCGAUGCAGGCCUCACUGAGCCAUCUGAUUUGAUCAAAAAUAUCUUAAUUUGUGUUCCGAAGAUAAACGAAGGUCUUACGGGUGUGGAAUGACAUGAGGGUGAGUAAUUAAUGACAGAAUUUUCAUUUUGGGGUGAACUAACCCUUUAAGUGGCAGAAAUGGGCUUCCAUAAGGUUUGGAACAAUUUUGAUGUGAAAACUUUACUGCCCUCUACAGUUGAAAAAAAAAAAAAAAAAGGUUUAUUCCCUCUGGUUUAUUCAUGAAAAGUGAAAAUUUAUUAAUAAUGUUAAUUUUGUAAAAACUCUGAAGCAUUUAAUGUAAAAGAGACAAUAAAAAUCACAAACAUAAACAGCUGAUUUGCAUUUAAUUAUAAUGGAAGCUUUUUAUAUGACUUCUUAAUGCUGUAUUGUCAUCUCGUCCCAAUCUCCUUGUUCUUAGAAUGUUUAUUAUGUAGUUGUAGAGAUAGCCUAUGUUAUAGCUAGUACUUCAUGCACACCACAUGAGAAGAGGUCCCUUUAAAAUAAAAUAAUAAAGAAAGAAAUAAAAAAUAAACCUAAUUUUUGUGUUCCACAAAAAUAAAUGCAAACAGGUUUGGAACUAUAUGAGGAUGAAUAAUUAGUGAAGGCGAACUAUCCCUUUAAAAGUCUAAGAAUCCUUGAGAUGAGUCAGAUCUCAGGAGGUUCCUGCAUGUUUUCCAGAUUUCACGGGGGUGCUGUUUAUAUGAAUUUUUGUCAAGGAAUCAGAAACCUUUGGGGAAAAUGUUAUUGACCUCCAAACAAUCUCUCAGCAUUCAUCUCCAAAACAGAUCUAAACAAUGGAGUGUGUGUGACAGAAAGAGGGGGCCUGUGUGUGUGUGUGUGUGUGUGUGUGUGUGUGUGUGUGUGUGUGUGUGUGUGUGUGUUCAGUCAGGCAUCAGAUUGUUGGGUUUGUGAUGAUGAGCUGAUGUUCAGUACAGAAAGUGCUCCACACAGGAGACAUGUGGAUACUCUCUAUUGCAUAACAGACAAGGUUAGACAUGAAUAAAAGCAUGGCCAGAGUGUUUUUUCUGUGCCUGUUGCUUUGGCUGCCUUUACCUGCGGCCAGAUGCCAGAACAGAAGACAGUCUGGAGAAACACCGAUAAACCUCACCACAAAACUGGACAAUGUGCCCACGACCACCGGUGUGUUUGUGUGAGAAAGGUGAACAGGGUCCUCCAGGAGCUCCUGGUAAAAAAGGAGAUCGAGGUUAUGAAGGAGCACCUGGUCAAAAAGGCUCAAGGGGGGAAACAGGAGCACCUGGUCUUCCAGGAAUCAACGGUGCAGAGGGAAGACCUGGGUUCAGAGGUGAUAAGGGGGAUCAAGGUAAUUGUGGACCACCAGGGCAAAAUGGACAUAAGGGCGCUGAAGGGCCUCCAGGGCUGAGGGGCCCCAGAGGAGAGCAGGGUCUGAAAGGGCCUCCAGGAGACCAGGGGCAUGAGGGUCAAGCAGGACCCAAAGGGGAUCGAGGGCCGGUUGGUGCGUCUGGCCCGCCAGGAGAUAUUGGAAUUGGAUUCCCUGGUCCAAAGGGAGAUCCAGGGCCAGUUGGAGAACCAGGGAUAGGCAUUGCAGGGCCGAAGGGUGAAAUGGGGUUACGAGGACCCAUUGGACCACCAGGGCUGAAGGGAGAAGGCUAUCCCGGCCUACCUGGGCCACCAGGUCUUCCAGGAGAGAUUGGGCCAGAGGGUCCAGGUUUACCUGGACCAAAGGGGGAUCGAGGCCCUCCAGGUCCCCCAGGGCCUGCUGGAGCACCAGGUCUUGGGCAGAUGGGCCCAAAGGGCUCCAAUGGUCAGACUGGUCCAGCUGGUCCUCCAGGAUUACCAGGAGAGGGCAUACAAGGACCAAAGGGUGAUCCUGGAUAUCAGGGUAUACAGGGGCCAAGAGGGUCCCCUGGAGAGGGUCUGCCGGGACAGAAGGGGGAUCGUGGGUUACCAGGAGCACAAGGACGCAAAGGGGACGUUGGAAGCCCGGGAGAACCAGGAUUUACAGGACCGCCGGGUAAUUCAGGAACAAAAGGAGAACCUGGUCUCACGAGAGAGGAAAUAAUCACUCUAAUCAGAUCUAUUUGUGGUUGUGGCCGGAUAUGCAGAGUAAAACCUCUUGAGCUGGUGUUUGUGAUUGACAGCUCUGAGAGCGUCGGCCUGGAAAACUUUGAAGUCAUUAAAGACUUUGUGAAUACCUUGAUCGACCGCGUGUCAGUCAGUUCGAAGGUGACGCAUGUAGGGGUUGUUCUCUACAGCCACAUUAACCUGAAGUGGAAAGUAAAUUGCUCCAACAGGUCUGUGAGAACACUGAUGGAUCAAUAUUCAGCACUACCUCCAGCUUCAAGCCAGAUGACCCUGGAGAGUUUGGCGUGUUCCCCUACUACGAUCCUAAACCAGACGACACGGACAUUAUCAGCACCAUUACACCAUAUUUGGAAAGAGAUGACCUGAACCUCCUCCCAGGUUUCUCUUUUACGCCUUUGGACCGGCUGAAUCGGGGCACAUACAGGACUGCCCCGAAACGCAGACCAACUGACCCACUGCUGCUUGUACAGAAUCAUUUUACCGCAGGUAAAUGCCCAUUCAGCCAUUCAAAAGUGAUACAAUAUAAAUAAUAGCAAUUCUGUAAACAAAAGAACUACCUUAAUCUUUCUAUUUUCUCUCUCUCAGAGGAGGGGUGCCUAGAGCCUCUGGAUCCCGGUCCAUGUCGACAGUAUGUUGUUAAAUGGUAUUUUGAUCCUAACGCCAAUUCAUGUGCUCAGUUCUGGUUUGGAGGUUGCAAUGGCAACAAAAACCGAUUUGAUAGUGAACAGACCUGCAGAAAAUCCUGUGUGAAAAUGUAAGUCUUAUCAUUAGAGCGCUGAAACUGAUGCAAAAGGACGGGAUACUAAAAAAAGAGAAAAAGAAAUAAAGCUAAUGGACCAUUUUAAUAUUUAACUAUGAACAUUUUAAAUAACUAAACUGCUCAGAAGAACUUGAACAAUUAAAUAAAUGGAUGCAUUUGCAUAAAUAAUGGCCACUAAAAGUAUUUGUCACACUUAAAUUGAACUGAGACUGCAUUAUAUAGCAUAAUAUCAAACAGUGUCUUUCAUUUUAAAGAAAUAUAGAAGACAUGGCUCAGAAAAAUUAAAAGUAGUUUGAUAUGUUGUUAUCUAAUGCAGUGACAUUAAGACAUUAUUUUGAGCAAACCAACAAAAAACUCUUUCUUCAUGGGCAAUGAACAAAUAUUCAUACAGAAAAACAAUCAGUAAUCUGUCUUCUUCCAUCAAAUGUUCUCAUGAAAACUGUUUUUUUGGUCACAUUAAACAUCUUUGUGUAUUUUA